AUGCUGGUGCUCGACAACUCCGAAUGGAUGCGCAACGGAGACUACACACCGACGCGGUGGGAAGCGCAGGCGGACGCCGUCAGCAUGAUCUUUGAUGCCAAGACCAACUCGAAUCCAGAGAGCGAGGUGGGUCUCAUGACCAUGGCGGGCAAGAGUCCCGAAGUGCUCGUCACACUCACACAGGACAUCGGCAAGGUUCUUGCGGCAUUACACCGAAGCAAGAUCGUCGGUAAUGCCGACCUGGCUACGGGUAUCAAUGUCGCCUCGCUCGCACUCAAGCACCGACAGAACAAGAACCAGAGGCAGAGGGUCGUCGUGUUCGUAGGAUCGCCUAUAGAGCAGACCGAAGAUGAUCUGGUUAAGCUCGGAAAGAAGCUGAAAAAGAACAACAUUGCUGUGGACAUUGUCAGCUUUGGUGAAGAUGUCGAGAACGAGGAGAAGCUCUCCAAGUUUAUCGAGGCAGUCAACAGCGGUGAAAACAGCCACCUCUUGAGCGUCCCGGCAGGCCCUCAGCUUCUGUCCGACAUCAUUCUCUCUUCUCCAGUGCUACAGGAAGAGGGUGGUGACUCAGGUGCCGGCCCGUCCGGCAGCGGCGGUGGAGGUAACAACUUUGAGUUCGGCGUCGAUCCGAGCAUGGAUCCCGAAUUGGCCAUGGCUCUCCGACUCUCGCUCGAGGAAGAACAGGCCCGACAGAGAGCUGCCGAAGGCGCUUCGGGCUCACAGGCUCCGUCGCUCCCCACGGUCUCGGAAGGAGCCGAGGGUGCCACAGCGGCAGCCUCAGCGGGAGCAUCCGGAGCUCCGGCUGGCUUGGCCGGCAGCGGCUCCAUGGUGCCGAGAGGCGCCGAAUCCAUCACGGGCGAAGGACACAAUGCCGACGACGAGUCCGAAGAGGCCAUGUUGCAGAAAGCCAUCGCUCUGUCGCAGGCCGGUGAGGGCUCAAAGACAAACGACGAGGACGUGGAUAUGGCGUCGGCAGAGCCAUCGGCAGGAAGACGGGCGGUUGUAGCCGGGCAAGUCGAAGGCGAAGAAGACGAAGAGAUGGACGAGGACGAGGCGAUCGCGAGGGCCAUCCAGAUGAGCCUCCAGGAGGGCGACGGCGAAAGCGAAAGCAAGUAG